AUGGACCUAGCCACGAUACUGCUACUGCUGGAAACGCCUCCACCGAAAGGCGGCUACCAUAACUUCCUGAUCGAGCAUCUGAGUGGCGGCACCGGGACGACCUCCUCGGCCGGUGCCUCGCCCGCUCACAAGCGCCUUUCACCCACGCCCGGUCCCGGCACGCUAGCGGCCUCCUCCGCCCGCAGCACACCGAUCGCCGGUCGGAAACUGGGCCACCAUCAGCAUCUGCUGGUGCGGGCCAAAAACUACUACUGCUCCAAUCCGAUGCUUAACAACAGUACCAAUCUCUACUGCAAUCUCGACAUGGAGUCCCUCGAGGAAAUGCUCAAGAAGCUCUCCGAAUUGGAGCAGCGCGUAAUCGAAGCCGAAGAGCGUGCCGACGAAGCUGAAGACAAGGUGCGGGCCAUGGAGCAACGACUGUGUGACUGGCCCAAGUCACAGAACUUAACCGGGCCGUCACCAUCACCGAGCAGCAAUCCAGCCGUAGCGGCUGGUGCGCAGCAAUCGAUCGCGGCUGCUGGAACGGGACCGACAGGACACGGCGGUACCGACCCACCGAAAGGUACCGAUCCGGUGAAGAUCAGUCAGCUCGAGUCGGCCAUCGAGGAGCAGAAGCAGCUGCGCCUACAGGACGCCCGGCAAGUCGGUGCCAAGGCGGCCAAAAUCAAGGAGUGGGUCACGAACAAACUGCGCGAGCUCGAGGAGCAAAACCAGCUGCUGCGCGAACAGAACAUCAAGUGCAACCAGCAGCUGGAGCUGCUGCGCAAUCACAUUGCCACGCAGAGUACCCGCCACAGUAGCGUCGCCGCAACGCAACCCGUCCGGACCAGCCUGAGCUUGGACGUGCAGGACGUCAAGCGGCGGAGCGGCCGACGGCGCAGCGAAUCGCUCGACCCACCCGAACACCGGUCCCUGCACGCCGGUAGCUCCGGUUCCGGCUCGCACCAUCAUCCCCACCACCACCACCACCACCAUCAUCACCAUCGGCGCAAUCUGUCGAUGGAACCGCAGGAACUUGCCCGAGACUUGGCGGCGGCCGUCGAUGGUUUGAACCUGCUGCCACUGACACCGGGCGUCGGUGUUAGCCCCGGCUCGGAUAUAGACGCCGUACACGACUACGCCGAAAUCUACACACCUUCGCGUGAGAAAGCUCCGGCCUGGUUGAAGGGUCUUCCCAGUGGGGGGUCGAGUACCACCACCUCCGAUUCGGUGGCAGAUCUCGGUACGCCACGACCUCCUACACCACCGCUACACCGAUUCCCGAGCUGGGAAGCCAAAAUUUAUCAGGUCGCCAACGAUGGACUGGCUGGGGCGGGCGGUAGCAAUGGUGUGGGAGAGGAAAACGAAUCCCAAGACCAAGAGUCCGGUUCCGGCAUGACGUCCAGUGUUGGUGGUGUAAAUUCGCGCUCGCAAACCGUGUCCGGUGGUUACUGUGAUAUCAGCGUACCGGUGUACGCCACCGUCAAAGGGCGUGCUUCACAAAUCCGUUCAAUGCCAUUCACCGGCGAUUCCAGCGAUGACAGCAGUGACGGCGAGGACGGUCACGGUGCGAUGCUAACCUGUGCAACCUCGACGCACAACUCUACCAGCACGGACAACACGGAGACGAGCACGUCCGGCAGUGCCUCUAGUCCCUCGAAGAGCCUCAAAACCUCCUCUAGUCUCAGUCCGGCCAAACGUUCCGGCUCGGAAAGUCCAAAGAACAAAGGCCGUGCAAUUUCCGAACUGUCCUUUGAAUCAGGCCUCUCGGAUGACUAUGCCAUCCCACCGGAUGCAGUUUCAACGGUCGAUACGACCUGCAUGGACGCAUCGAUGCCGUCGCUGCUGAUGCGCACCUCGUACGCCGACUCGCCCAACAAGAAGAUGGAAACGCUCGAAAAGGUGGGCCAUCUGGCGAAGCUGGGCGGCAAGCUGAAGACGUGGCGCAAGCGCUGGUUCGUGCUGAAGAACGGUACGCUAACGUACUGGAAGAGCCAGCACGACGUCAACCGGAAACCGCAGGGUCAGAUUGCACUGGACGAAGCGUGCCGUAUUAACCGGGCCGACGGUGCAUCAACGUUCGAGAUCGAUACCGGCAAGAAGGUGUACUAUCUGACGGCCGAUUCGAACGCCACCAUGGACGACUGGAUACGGGUGCUGCAGAACGUACAGCGAAGGAACGCAACCAAACUGCUGCUAAGCCGCGACGAUCAGAAACCCACGGUACAGGGCUGGGUAACGAAGGUGAAGAACGGACACGCCAAGAAGUGUUGGUGUGUUCUGCUAGGGAAGAUGUUCCUUUACUUCAAAGCACCCGGCGAAACGAAUCCUCUUGGCCAAAUAAAUAUGCGCGAUGCACGCGUCGAGGAGGUAGAGCAUGUGUCCGAUUCUGACUCGGAAGAACGAGAAGAUCCCGCACAAAGCCAAGCACGACUCACCGUUGCUAUAUAUCCCCAGCAGCAAGGAGUGGGUCCAACGUACUUGAUACUGCCCGGUAAACAGGAACGCGAUAACUGGCUCUAUCACUUGACGGUCGUAUCGGGUGGUGGACCCAACGCCGGCACACAGUACGAACAGUUGAUCCAGAAGCUGAUGGAAACCGAUGGCGAUCCGAACUGUGUUCUCUGGAGACAUCCGAUACUGUUGCACACGAAGGACAACAUCACUUCACCCCUAACCUCACUCCAUUCCGAAACGCUCCAAACGGAAGCGAUCAAACUGUUUAAGAGCUGCCAACUGUUCCUUUCCGUAGCGGUUAAUCAACCCGGUAUCGACUACCAUGUGGUGCUCGCGCAGAACGCGCUCCAGCAGUGCCUGGACAUGCCCGAGCUUCAGUCGGAGCUGAUCUGCGCACUGAUCAAGCAAACGUCGCGCCAUACCGGACAGAAGCUGGGUGUAGGUGUCCAGGUAAACAAGAAACUGGCCAAACCCGCUCGUCAACUACUGCUUUGCGCAACCCAGAGUUUGUUCACUUGCGAUACGCAGCAGGGCAGCGUUGCCCAAGCGAAUGGGAGCUCACCCACUUCCAUUCAGGCCCCAACCGUUCCACCGAUCGAUUGCAAAUCGAAUCCUCCGACCUACACCUUCAUACAGGGCUGGCAACUGUUGGCCCUAGCGGUGUCACUGUUUGUGCCGAAAAACAGUCGCUUAUUAUGGUACUUGAAGUUACACCUUUCGCGCAACGCGGACUCUAAAACGGAAUGUGGCAAGUAUGCGGCCUAUUGCGAACGAGCCCUCGAGCGCACGAUGCAAAAUGGUGGCCGUGAGACGAAACCUUCCCGCAUGGAGGUGCUCUCGAUAUUGCUGAAAAAUCCCUACCAUCACUCGCUGCCACAUGCCAUACCGGUGCACAUGAUGAAUGCAACGUACCAGGUGGUAUCCUUCGAUGGUUCCACCACUAUUGAGGAGUUUCACUGUACGCUGGCACAGGAAAUCGGUUGCCGAGAUUCUACGAACGGAUUCACACUGUUCAGUGACGAUCCGAUUGAAAAGGAUUUGGAACACUACCUCGAUCCGCAAGCUAAGCUCUGUGACGUUAUCUCCAAAUGGGAAACUGCUUUGCGAGAGAAGGGUUCGGGCAAGUUUGAGAACUCCCGCGUUAUUCAGCUGACAUACAAAAAUCGACUUUAUUGGAAGCAUGCGGCUAAGCUGGAGACGGAAAAGGAACGUCUGCUGCUCUGUUACCAAGUGAACCUUCAAGUGGUGCAAGGACGAUUUCCGUUGUCACGUGAUCUAGCACUGGAACUGGCCUCGCUUAUGGCCCAAAUCGACAUGGGAGACUACUCGUCGGACAAAUCGAAAACCAAUUCACUGCAGGCGCUCGAUAAAUUCUAUCCCUACCGCUACCGGGAUGCGCUCAACCAAGAAGGUCUAAAGGAGUUACAGGAUUUGCUGUCUGCCAAGUGGGCACUACUGCGCGGACGCUCCAUACUCGAUUGCGUGCGUAUAUAUUUGACGUGCGCUCGCAAAUGGCCCUUCUUUGGUGCGGCACUAUUCCAGGCAAAACCACGCCACUCGGACCAAGCAAUGGCUUGGUUGGCUGUAUCGGAGGAUGCACUAAGCGUGCUGGAGCUGUCGUCGAUGGCCACCAUCGCUCGAUAUCCGUACAGUUCGGUAAUGACGUUCGGCGGGUGUCAGGAUGAUUUCAUGCUAGUGGUCAGUGCGGAAGAUACACUGCAAUCGGUCAACAACGAACAGAAGCUUCUGUUUGCGAUGAGUAAACCGAAGAUACUGGAAAUUACGCUCCUGAUUGCGGACUACAUGAACGCCUUGGGACACACGCUUCCCGGCACACCGCAAAUGAACACACUCACCCGUAACGGAAGCCAUCGAAGCAUACGAUCCCGCGCACUGCCCGGUUCGCUGACGGGAACGCCCGCUCACAACACGCUAAACUCCCACGCUACCCACGCCAACAACACGCUAACCUCCCAUUCGCACACCCUCAACUCCCACGUCAGCCAUACGCUCAGCUCCCACGGUCAGCCGGACAUCCUGAAAAGCACACCAGAUCACCAGCGUCUCAAGUGA